UUCCUAGUCCUCCUGGCCUAGCUCAGCAUCUCUAUCCAAUCCUUCCUUCCCCUUCUCUCUCCACCUCUCUCUUUCCUUCUCUCUCUCUCGAAGAUUUCUUGUCCUCGUCUGUGUGCUCCGGCUCGGCGUGGCCAAUCUCUCGGCGGACGCACCCACCCGCCGAUCCGCGCGUGAUCUUCCGUGAUUUUCGCUGGAUCUUGCUUAGCUAGCUGCGGGCGCGUGCAUGUCGACGGCGCUGGCGCCGGGGAUGGCGCGGGGGCACGGGUUCCGGGGCGCGGGGAAGGGGAAGCAGCGGCCGGAUUCGGAGGAGCCGGAGACGAAUCGGGGCGGCGGCCCCAACGGGUUCUUCGUCGAGGAGGAGGAGGGGGAGGAGGUUGGGAGGGAGGAGCUGCGGGAACUGGAGGAGGCGCUAUCGGAUGCGUCCUCGAUCGGGGCGGCCUCCUCGGAUAGCUCCUCGAUCGGGGAAGACUCCACGUCGGAGAAGGAGGAUGGGGAGGAGGAGGAGGUGGAGAGCGAGGCCAAGGCGCCGGUGGAUGAAGUGCUCGCUAUGGGGCUCGGGACCCUCGAGUCUCUCGAGGAUGCGCUGCCCAGCAAGAGGGGCCUCUCGAAUUUCUACGCCGGCAAGUCCAAAUCCUUCACGAGCCUGGCCGAGGCUGCGGCCAAGGCGGCCGCCAAGGAGAUCGCCAAGCCGGAGAACCCCUUCAACAAGCGCCGCCGCGUGCUGGCGGCAUGGUCGCGGCGGAGGGCCUCCUGCAGCUCGCUGGUCACCACAUACCUGCCGCCACUCCUCUCCCUCGACCACACUGUGGUGGAGGGGGACGAGGAGGAGGAGGAGGAGGAAGAACGCUCGGACGACGGCGACGACGAGGGUAACGGCAGCGGCAAUGGCAGGAGGGAGAAGGCCCCGGCGUCGCCCAGGUUCCCUCCGCGCAGCCUGCACAGCGCGUCCCAGAAGGCAAGCGUCAUGAGUAGGAACAUGAUCAAUCCAAACACGAGCUCAUUCCGAUCUCCAAGGUCAUUCUCCCUAUCAGAUCUGCAAAACGCUGGAUACAACUAGCUGAAACGUAGGCCGAGUUUAGGUUGGCGAGGUGCUGCUGCUGCUACUGUAUAAUCAAGAGGUCUCUACAUAUAAGAGAACAUUAAUUUGUUGUGUUUGUCUGUCCGUCUGUCUGUUGGCCUCUUCUUGAAUCACCUGAUACAAUAGCAUGACAUGGCAAUGGCAACACGAAGUGGCCGUUUCUGUCAGCAAAACUGAAAGUUCUUAACCAUGUUCUCAUCGUUUAAAGGAUAAUGAUGUUGA